CUAAAACCCUCUCUCGCAGUCUAGUUGAGUUUCUAGGGUUCUAUUCCAUCUCAGCUCUCACCAGAUUAGAACAAGUACUCAGCUUUCUCUAAGGCCUGCUCUGGAUUCGAGGUACAGAUAAUUGCUAAAGUGAGUGGUGAAAUGGAUUGUUGAUUACGCAUUUGUUAAACGAAGUCUUGUGGGAACCUACAGAAAUGAGCUUGAUCAUAAGACUGAGGAAUCAUUUACCUAAUGGGCCCUGCAGAAGACCUUUUAUUUCUCCACUCGGGACGCUGAAUCCAGGUAGCUUAAGUGGGUUAUAUCGGCACUUUGGUCAACCUGCGAUGAAAGAAGAUGAGGAACAAGUGGAGAUUGAUCAAAGGAGACUCCCGGCUGAUUACGAUCCAGCAACUUUUGAUCCCACAGAGCAUCGGAGUCCUCCCACAGAGCGUGUUUUUAGGCUCGUAGAUGAAAUAUCGUCACUCACAUUGGCUGAAGUUGCUGAGCUGGGUUCAAUCAUUAUGAAGAAAAAGGGAAUGAAGGUACCACCGACUGUUGGAGUCAUGAAGCCAGGAGCUGCUGCCAUAGGAUUGACAAUGAAAGGACCAGCAGCAGCUAAGGAGGAGAAGAAAGUAGAAAAGACUGUAUUCGAAUUGAAGUUGGAGUCCUUUGAGGCAGCUUCAAAAAUAAAACUGAUCAAGGAGGUGAGGAGCUUCACUGAUUUAGGCCUCAAGGAAGCAAAAGAUUUAGUGGAGAAGGCACCGUCCGUAUUGAAGGCAGGCGUCUCAAAGGAGGAAGGAGAGCAACUCGUAGAGAAGCUGAAAGCUCUUGGAGCGAAAGUUGUUCUUGAGUGAAAUAAAAUACUACAUGCGUAUGUAAUCCAUGACGAGAAGUUUAUGAGAUUAGUUCAUGUUUCUUGGGAAACACCAGGCCACCAGCUUUCUGGAAUUUUAUCAAUCCAAAUGAAACAUAUCUCAGGUUUUCUCCAAUUGUUUUAAGUUGAGAAAUUUGCUCAAGAUUGAUUUCUUGUUGUAUUGAAAUCUGAGCUGAUCGAUAAAGCUGCGAUUUUGUUUAACGUUCGCCCAUGGAUGAACUCUUUCCUUGAUUCUUAUUCCCUUGUUUUGGGUUCAGGGAAUGGAUCAUUCGUUAUUAAUGUCUUUUUAAUAGGCACAUUUGUUAAUCUGAUGAUUAUAGACAGGAAA